CGUCUAUCACCGGCGCGGGCGGGUGACGUGACCCGGCCCGUUGUCUGUGUGUGGGGCUACGGGCCCCGGGGGCUUCGGGGGCUCCCAGCGAGGGCGGCGGUGGGUCGGGAGGGCCUGGACAUGGCGUUGAGGGGCCGCCCCGCGGGAAGAUGAAUAAGGGCUGGCUGGAGCUGGAGAGUGACCCUGGCCUCUUCACCCUCCUGGUAGAAGAUUUUGGUGUCAAAGGAGUGCAAGUGGAGGAGAUCUAUGAUCUUCAGAGCAAGUGCCAAGGGAAAGAAGGGGCUGAUAGAGGUGUUCAUUUCUUUCCUUGGCUGCAUUGGAGCCCAGGCCUUGAGGUUUACAACCCCGUGUAUGGAUUCAUUUUCCUGUUCAAAUGGAUCGAAGAGCGCCGGUCCCGUCGCAAGGUUUCUACCUUGGUGGAUGAUACGUCUGUGAUUGAUGACGAUAUUGUGAAUAACAUGUUCUUUGCCCACCAGCUGAUCCCCAACUCUUGUGCCACUCAUGCCCUGCUGAGCGUGCUCCUGAACUGCAGUAGUGUGGACCUGGGGCCCACCCUGAGUCGCAUGAAAGACUUCACCAAAGGCUUCAGCCCUGAGAGCAAAGGAUAUGCGAUUGGCAAUGCCCCGGAGUUGGCCAAGGCACAUAAUAGCCAUGCCAGACCUGAGCCACGCCACCUCCCUGAGAAGCAGAACGGCCUUAGUGCAGUGCGGACCAUGGAGGCAUUCCACUUUGUCAGCUAUGUACCUAUCACAGGCCGACUUUUUGAGCUGGAUGGACUCAAGGUCUACCCCAUUGACCAUGGGCCCUGGGGAGAGGAUGAGGAGUGGACAGACAAGGCCCGGCGGGUCAUCAUGGAGCGUAUUGGCCUCGCCACUGCAGGGGAGCCCUACCAUGACAUCCGCUUCAACCUGAUGGCGGUGGUGCCCGACCGCAGGAUCAAGUAUGAGGCCAGGCUGCAUGUGCUGAAGGUGAACCGUCAGACAGUACUGGAGGCCCUGCAGCAGCUGAUCAGGGUAACGCAACCAGAGCUGAUUCAGACCCACAAAUCUCAAGAGUCGCAGCUGCCUGAGGAGUCCAAACCAGCCAGUGGCAAGUCCCCCCUGGUUCUGGAGGCAGGCAGGGUCCCAGGAGCCUCUGAGAGCACCCACACAGAUGGUGUGGAGGAGGUGGCUAGUUCAUGCCCACAAGCCCUGACGCACAGCCCUCCUAGCAAACCCAAGCUGGUGGUGAAGCCUCCAGGAAGCAGCCUCAAUGGGGUUCCCCCAAACCCCACUCCCAUUGUCCAGCGACUGCCGGCUUUUCUGGAUAAUCACAACUAUGCCAAGUCCCCCAUGCAGGAGGAAGAAGACCUGGCAGCAGGUGUGGGCCGCAGCCGAGUUCCAGUCCGCCCACCCCAGCAGUACUCAGACGAUGAGGACGACUAUGAGGAUGAUGAGGAGGAUGACGUGCAGAACACUAACUCUGCCAUCAGGUAUAAGCGAAAGGGGCCAGGGAAGACAGGGCCAUUGAGUGGCUCUGGGGAUGGACAGCUGUCGGUACUGCAGCCCAAUACUAUCAACGUCUUGGCUGAGAAACUCAAAGAGUCCCAGAAAGACCUCUCGAUUCCCCUGUCCAUCAAGACCAGCAGCGGGGCUGGGAGUCCAGCUGUUGCAGUGCCCACACACUCGCAGCCCUCGCCCACCCCCAGCAAUGAGAGCACAGACACAGCCUCCGAGAUUGGCAGCGCUUUCAACUCACCACUGCGCUCACCUAUCCGCUCAGCCAACCCAACGCGGCCCUCCAGCCCUGUCACCUCCCACAUCUCCAAGGUGCUCUUUGGAGAGGAUGACAGCCUGCUACGUGUUGACUGUAUACGCUACAAUCGUGCUGUACGUGACCUGGGUCCUAUCAUCAGCACAGGCCUGCUACACCUGGCUGAGGAUGGUGUGUUGAGUCCCCUGGCACUGAUAGAGAGUGGGAAGGGUUCUUCACCCUCCAUCAGACCGAGCCAAGGCAGCCAUGUGUCUGGCAGCCCAGAGGAGAAGGAGGUGGUGGAAGCUAUAGAUGGCAGAGAGAAGGCUGGGCUGGUCAGGCCUGGUGAGCCCUUGAGUGGGGAGAAGUACUCACCCAAGGAGCUCCUGGCACUGCUGAAGUGUGUGGAGGCUGAGAUUGCAAACUAUGAGGCCUGCCUCAAGGAAGAGGUAGAGAAGAGGAAGAAGUUCAAGAUUGACGACCAGAGAAGAACCCACAACUAUGAUGAGUUCAUCUGCACCUUCAUCUCCAUGCUGGCUCAGGAAGGCAUGCUGGCUAACCUGGUGGAACAGAACAUUUCAGUGAGGCGGCGGCAAGGGGUCAGUAUUGGCCGGCUCCACAAGCAGCGGAAGCCUGACCGGCGGAAACGCUCGCGCCCCUACAAGGCCAAGCGCCAAUGAGGACUGCUGGCCCUGACUCUAUAGCCCGCUCUUGCCGUGUGGCCCUCACCAGGGCCCCUUCCCUGCCCUACUACCCCCUUCCCAGUAUUACUGAAUAGUUCCAGCCAGAGAGCCCAGACCCUGGGAAUGGGAGCCAGGCCGAGAUUUCCUGCGUUGUGCCUCUGGGCCUGGUAGGGCAGGUCAGCCCCAUAGUGCUCAGGAAGCAGCAGCUGGAGCUGGGGCACAGUGAGAUGCUGUAGCUUCCUCCACAGCUGGCUGUGGAGCUGCAGGACUUGGCCUUUCUGCCUGGGCAGCAGAAUAUAUAUUUUGCCUACAGAGAUGUCUAUUUUUCUGGGCUCUGGCCCAUCUUGCCACCACUGUGUUGACAUAGCCAGUUUCCUGACUUUGUCUUCUAAUAGCUGUCAUCUUGGUGGGGCCUGGGUGGGCAUUGGCCUGCUAUGCUGGCCCCAGCUGCUGGUUGUUUCUAGUUUUGAGGAAGUCAGGUCUGCUUUUCGUUCCUCCUGGGAGACCUCCAAACUCAGGGACCCAGCUGCUGGGCUGAGUUGGGAGUAGAGUGUCCCAGUGGGGGUGGAGUGAGCAGCCUCUGGGGUCCCAUGGCCUGAGAAAGAGGAGUGUUUAAGCUGUUUGGUGGCUUCUAACUCCCUCAUUCCAGUUGGGCUUGUCAAGUCUGCUCUCUGUGGCAAGGCUCUGGGCCUUCAGUGUUGUGGCCCUGAUAAUGGGUCUGCCUUGAGCUUCUGGACUCUGUCCCUGGAGCCUGGCUCAGAGGAGCCUCUGCCCAGCCCCUCAGUAUUACUAUAUCUCCCUCUUAGGGGUAGCAGAGACAGGGAUGCUUGCAGGAAACUGGCACCACUCAGCUUUUCCUGCCAUGCCAGCUUCCAUAGCCUCUGCAAGGCAUUUAGGGUCAGGAAUAGGACCAAGACAACCAGUUGGAGCCCCCAUGUUCCCAGAGGGCCUGAUGCCAAAGGGUAACGGGCCAAGCACUGCCUCUGGAGCUUGGGCCCUAAACAGUCCUUUGGCCUCUGCCAGAUGGCUUUGAAGGUAAUCCAAGCAGGCCCCUUAUCUGUACAUAGUGGUGGGGGGGAGGGAAGGCAGAGAAGCGGGGUGGGAGACAGCUGACAGGCAUGGCAGUUGCCUCUCUGUGCUGAACACAGCCUGACCCCUUGAGCCUCUGUAAAUAUUGGAUCAAUGAAUGAAUAAAACUAAAAAAUGAA